AGCGGAUAUGUCCUCUGCGACUGGUCCCCCCUUGAUAUUUGCUAAGAACGCCGCAUGUCCACCCGCCGCAUGUCUAGCCAAUCCAACAAGGCGUCUAUAGAGUGGCCCAUGGAGCCGUACCCACUUUGUUGAGGAGACUGAAGCCAUCGCGAGAUUUGAACUUGCGCAAUCUGAUCUCCCACCGAACCAGCCGAGUGGGUGAGCCGAGUGGGCGCGCUUACCCCCCUAGCUAUCACUAGCUAUCACACUCGGCACGGAGGCGUCCAGCUUGCUGGGUACAAGAUCGGCCUGAUCCCCGUCCGCGUUGUCACAGGGGAAAAGUUUCCGUCAUCCAGUGGAAUCCUUUCGCAAAUCACUGAUUGAAGAUGCUGCUUCCAUCCUUCCCUGUAACAGGGGUUGCUACUGCCCUUCUGUUGCGCAAUGCUGUGCAUGCAUCCCAGCCUGGCUCGUCCGUGCAAAAAGCCCGAGCCUACGACCGGUUUUCCAGCCGUCCUACGAGGGAUCAUGCUCCUAGAGUUCAGUCGAGCAACACUUCCACCUACCGGUUCUGGAAUGACAAGACUAAGCCCCACUUGGUGGAAAGCUUACCAGACGUCCACUUCGACUUGGGUGAGAUGUACUCGGGUUCGAUUAAUAUUACCUCGCACCGGAAUGAAUCCCGGUCUCUCUUCUACAUCUUCCAGCCCAAGAUCGGCGAACCGUCAGACGACUUGACCAUCUACCUCAAUGGGGGACCAGGGUGUUCCUCCGAACAAGCAUUCUUCCAGGAGAAUGGACGGUUCACGUGGCAGCCGGGCACAUACGCGCCGGUCAUUAAUCAGUACUCGUGGGUCAACCUGACCAACAUGUUAUGGGUCGACCAACCGGUGGGAACUGGUUAUUCAGUGGGCACACCGACCGCGACCAACGAAGCAGAAGUGGCCGCGGACUUUCUCGAGUUCUUCUCGAAGUUCCAGGAUCUGUACGGCAUCAAGAACUUCCGCAUCUUCGUGAGCGGCGAGAGCUACGCGGGGCGGUAUGUUCCCUACAUUUCCUCGGCGAUGUUAGACAAGAACGAUACCACCCACUUCAACCUCAGCGGUAAGCCCGCUCACCCCCUCCAUCACCUCGCACCAACUAAUGCUGUGUGCACAGGAGCCCUCCUGUAUGACGCCUGCAUCGGCCAAUGGGACUGGGUCCAAGCCGAACUCCCCGCGUACCCUUUCGUCCAGCAACACGCCUCCCUCUUCAACUUCAACGAGACCUUCAUGACCUCGCUAGCAACCACCUACGAAGAAUGUGGCUACCAGGCCUACUUCGACGAAUACUUCACCUUCCCGGCCUCCGGCAUCCAACCGCCGAAAUACAUGAACUACUCGGAGUGCGACAUCUACAACGCGAUCUACAACGAAGCCUUCUCUCCGAACCCAUGCUUCAACCCCUACCGCGUCAUCGACGAGUGUCCCCUGCUAUGGGACGUGCUAGGCUUCCCGACGGAUCUGGCCUACGAGCCCGCACCGACCACCUACUUCAACCGGGCGGACGUCAAGCGCGCCCUCCACGCCCCCCAGAACAUCGAAUGGGAGCUGUGCAGCACCGACCCCGUCCUCGUGGGCGGGGACGGCGUCUCCGGGCCCGAGCAGGUAGGCGACGACUCGCCCAAUCCGACCGAGGGGUCCCUGCCGCGCGUCAUCGAGGCCACCAACCGUGUGCUCAUCGCCAACGGCGACUGGGACUACCUGAUCAUCACCAACGGCACCCUCCUGGCCAUCCAGAACAUGACCUGGCACGGCCAGCUGGGGUUCGCGGCCGCCCCCGCCACCCCCAUCGACAUCCGCAUGCCCGAUCUCCAGUGGGCGGGCGUCUUCGAUGCGCAGGAGGGUUACGGGGAUCUGGACGGGCCGCAGGGCGUGAUGGGCGUCCAGCACUACGAGCGCGGGCUGAUGUGGGCCGAGACCUUCCAGGCCGGGCAUAAGCAGGCCCAGGAUCAGGGCCGCGUCUCGUAUCGGCAUCUGCAGUGGUUGUUGGGGGAGGUCGAUAGUCUUUGAUUUCGGGGACGCAGACCCUGGUUGCUGUAUUGGUUCAUCCUUGGGGGGGAAGGGGGGGGUAAAUUUUGAUUCUAAUUGUGCUGCGAGGGUUGGUGUAUGAGGUGUGCAUUUGGUGUUGGUGCGGCGCAUGUAUGGAUGAGCGUGUUCGCUUCAAUCAGUGUAUGAUAGCCUCAAUUUGUAAUAGAGUGGUCAGUGAUAUUUCAGUCGACGGUCAGCGUUCCAAAUCGGUGUGAGCCCCGACGAAG